GUGCGUUUAUCGUAUUUUUACUCAUCAGCCUUGCUAGUUAAGCUUCUUUGCAUACUGAAUAAGCUGAGAAGAUUCGAUAAGUACUUAUUUUUCUUCUGUAGUGUUGUAGUUUUUCUUCCUAUUGUAAGUGAUAAAUUAUUACAAGUUUCCCCGAAUAAAUAUCCAAAUCCAAUCAUCAUUCUUCUUCAGUCUUCACAUACAAAUUUUGAAUCAGCUAAAUUAUGGUCAAGUCCCCAGUAGUUAUUUUUCUUUCUUGCUUUCUACUAGCGUGGUUUUCAGUAGGAUUUGUAGCUGCAGAUUCAAAUACAGAUGAAUGCAGGGCCGCAAGAUGCUUCCCUUAUGACCCCGAAAUUCGGUUCCCUUUCUGGCUCAAACAUAAGCAGCCGAAGCACUGUGGCCUUCCCGGUUUCCAAAUUUUCUGCCACAGGGGAAAAACUGAGAUAAACAUCCAGUACCUCGCAAACACGAGCCUCCACGGAACCCAACUCCUCCUUUCUAUCAAAGCAGAAGUCGAUAAGAUCAAUUACACAUCGCGAGAAAUAGAGCUGGAUUUGGCCUAUGAGAGUGAAACCAGCAGUCUGAAACUGGUUCCCAUGUCGAAUUCUUUUUUCUCAUCCACUAUAUAUCCUUCUCCGUUCAGAUUAAUAUCACCUCCGAAAAAUGUAACAUUCGUCAGUUGCUCCUCAGAACUUAAAGGAGGCUAUUUUGGAUCAACUAAAAGGCUGACUUCUCUAAGCGGAGAAGAUUUCCCAGUUUACACAUUCACAAAAGGCGAAACCAUUAGUGUCUCACCGAUAAUCUCCUGUGUUAAGAUUUUUGAUUCUUACGGCAUUUUGCAGUCUUACCAGACCUUCAACUGGUCCAUUCCCCCACAACAACCUACAGGAGGUCAGGAAUCGAUUAAGCCUAUAGCAGGUAUAAUUUCAGGUUCUGUUCUAAUAGCGGUUCUAUUUGUGGGAUUAUCGUUUUAUACAGUCAAAUCAUUUAAACAAAAAAAAUAUGAUCAACUGAAAAUUGAAAUGUUUCUGGCGGAUUACAAAGCCAUGAUACCGACAAGAUACACUUUUGCUGAUAUCAAGAAAAUCACUAGUCAGUUCAGGUAUAAAUUAGGUCAAGGAGGUUAUGGAUCCGUGUACAAAGGUAAAAUCACCAAUGAAAUUACGGUUGCAGUGAAGGUCUUGCAUAGCGAUCCCAAAGCUAAUGGGGAAGACUUUAUUAACGAAGUGGGUACUAUAGGACGAAUCCAUCAUGUUAAUGUGGUUCGCAUGGUUGGGUAUUGCGCUGAUGGGUGCAAUCGAGCUCUGGUAUAUGAGUUCCAGCCUAAUGACUCCCUAGCAAAGUUCACAUAUUCUGGUAAAAAUCAUGGGAAAAAAUUUCUCGGUUGGGAAAAGAUGCAAGAAAUUGCUUUAGGCAUUGCUAAAGGAAUUGAAUAUCUUCAUGAUGGGUGCGCUCAACAGAUUCUCCAUUUUGAUAUCAAACCUCAUAAUAUCUUGUUGGACAAAAAUUUCAGUCCCAAAGUUUCAGAUUUUGGUUUGGCCAAGCUGUGCUCGAAAGACCAGAGUGCUGUGUCAAUGACUGUGGCCAGGGGAACCAUUGGGUACAUUGCGCCUGAAGUAUAUUCUAGGAAUUUUGGAAAGGUGUCGGCCAAAUCAGAUGUCUAUAGUUUUGGAAUGUUGUUACUUGAAAUGGUAGGGGCACGGGAAAAUGGGGAAAUUGAUACGAAUGAAAACACAAGUGAAACAUACUUUCCAGAAUGGAUUUAUCACCGUUUGGAGGAAGGUGGGGAAAUAGCAAUUCAAAUAGACAACGAAGAAGAUUUAUACAUUGCAAAAAAAUUGACGAUUGUGGGACUAAGGUGCAUAGCGUGGCAUCCAGUGGACAGACCUGUCAUGAAACAAGUUGUUCAAAUGCUGGAAAGAGCAGAGUAUCCAGCAAUGCCACCUAAUCCUUUCGGAUCACUAAAUGCAAGACCAUUCACUAACCAUCUGGAAGCUAUUUCUGAAUCUGAUUAACUAACAAGAUAAGUAAUGUAAGUAUGUAGCUUUGAAAUAUCUUCACAUUGUUCUAUCAUAGUUUACAUUUUACAUAUUUUGCUUAGACUCAUUAUCAGAAAUGUAAUCUCGUUGUAACAUGCUAAAUUAUAGUUUAAUUGCUU